CUGUAGGUUAAUAAGGAGUUUGGCUUUGUCGCGUAGAGAUUUAUUUUGUGACUGAACGGUAUUCAUGAAAUUAUUUAUACAUACAUAAUAUUUGGUAUUUUGUUCACCUUAUGAGGGUACUACUAUUUAAAAGUGAUUGUUGCUAGAAAAUUGAAGUCAGUGAUUGACAUUAGGUUAUCCUUUCAUACGCUCUAAACUAGCUUUGUUUACUUUACUCCGUUCGGCCUGUCUACUCAAUACGGGAUUGUUUUUCUACCAAGUGAUAGUUAUUAAGGUUCCAUAGUGGUUUUGUUUUCUUUUAUUUUAUACAUACAGUGAUAAAAUCGUGUAAGAAAUGGGAGGUUGCUUCUCAUGUGGUGACGCCGAAAGUACUGUGUACGUGCCGAGGUCGACGGUACCAGUACAUCGCUCCUAUCCUGAGUAUUCUAGGACGCCACCCGCAUCCGCGUCUAGAGUACAGAGAUUCUCAACACCUUAUUCCUACGUCAAGCCAGCUGCCCCUGUCAGACGAGAUAUAUCUGUACCAUAUGGUCGGACGGUAGUCAGUUCCAGGUCUGAAGCCUUAUACGGGGAGUUUAGGUGCAGCUGCGGUAACUUUUGGGUGAGCCUUCUGACCUGGCGUGAUAAAUGUCAACAAUGUAGAAGGUGCAAAAGACAAGUGUAUCCGAAAAAUCAGAGAAGCCUUCAACCUACUGACUACAAAAAAGACAAGGAAGAUGUUGGAGAGCACCCAAUGGAGCUGUGCGAGAUGUGUAAACAGAUGGGAGGACACUGCGGAAAGAAAAAGCAAACUACGACUUUUCGACUGUAGUGUUAACGUAUGGUAAUCAUCAGUAACACCAGUACAUUCUUAUUUAAUCGGAA